AUGGAGGCAGUAUCUGCGCGGAUGGCGGCCAGAGACCGGUUUGGCGCCAUGGGCGACCCAGGUCCGUCGCACCUUCAACGAUAUAUCCAACAAGCCUGCAGUCCAGAGAACUUCGAGCCCAAUCUUGCUCUAAACCUCGAGAUCUCGGAUCUAAUCAACUCGAAGAAGGGCAAUGCGCCGCGAGAAGCUGCCGUAGCUAUCGUCAACUACAUCAACCACCGAAACCCGAACGUCUCGUUACUCGCACUCAACCUACUAGAUAUAUGUGUCAAGAAUUGCGGAUACCCUUUCCAUCUUCAGAUCAGUACCAAGGAGUUCCUUAAUGAGCUAGUUAGGAGGUUCCCUGAGCGUCCGCCGAUCAGACCUACGCGGGUGCAGCAGAAGAUCCUAGAAGCUAUCGAGGAGUGGAGGGGGACGAUAUGCAUGACGUCCAGAUACAAGGAGGACCUGGGGUUUAUCCGAGAUAUGCAUAGGCUACUGAGUUAUAAGGGGUAUGUGUUUCCGGAAGUUAGGACGGAGGAUGCUGCUGUGUUGAACCCAAGUGAUAACCUUAAAUCGGCGGAAGAGAUGGAGGAAGAAGAGAGAGCAGCCCAGUCUGCGAAACUCCAAGAAUUGAUUCGGCGUGGUGGCCCGGAAGAUCUACAAGAAGCCAAUCGACUGAUGAAGGUUAUGGCAGGCUACGAUACCCGACACAAAACAGAUUAUAGAGCCAAGGCCGCGGAGGAAGUUGGAAAAGUCCAGCAGAAGGCAAUGUUGUUGGAAGAGCGGUUGGAGGCAUUCCAACCAGGCGACAAAAUGACGGACGGUGAUGUAUAUGAAGAGCUGGCUUCGGCGCUCCAAAGCGCCCAUCCAAAAAUCCAAAAGAUGUGCGAAGAGGAGUCUGAUGACCACGAGGCGGUGGCGAAGCUGCUUGAGAUCAACGAUAGCAUUCAUCGAACGGUAGAACGGUAUAGAUUGAUGAAGAAGGGUGAUGUUGAUGCAGCAUCCAAAAUCGCAAAAGGGACGCUUGGGACGAGCACGGGCGUGGCUAAGAACGCUGAUAAUGAGCUCUCGCUGAUCGAUUUCGACCCAGAGUCCAAUGCAAGCGCACCCGUAGAAGUGCCUGCUCAAGGGCCGGCUGGCAGCGUUGAAGAUGAUCUACUCGGACUUUCACUGGGAGGCGAUAAAGGUUAUGGACAAGGGGGUGGUAUUUCCCUUGGAUUUGGGAACAAUACCACCUCAGAUAUCCCAGGUCCAGCUUUAAUAUCUUCAACAACGGAAUAUAGCACAGCAAGAGGGCCAACUCCUACUAGAUCUCCGGCUCCCCCAUCAGCGCCUGCGGUUAAGCCUGAUUAUUCUGCAUUUUCAGCGUUUGGACCACCACAGCUUGCCUCCAAGCCGGCCACUCCUCAGCCAUCUCUAUUCCAGCAACAAGAAGCAGUCAUGGCUAGCAAACCGCAACCCCCGAUCUCAGCAUCGGACCCCUUCGCAGCCUUGGCGUCUCCUGUCCGACAAGCAACCCCGCAACAAGCACAGCCGUCAAUGUUCGACUUUGGGAACCACCAAGCGCCCGCGCCUGCUGCAGCUCCUGCAACAGAUGACGACGAAUGGGCCUUUUCUUCUGCCUUGCCCGAAGGCCUUCCGCCUUCAAACACUAUCGAAAUCAACAAUACCGCUCUCAAUAUAUCAUUGCAUGCAACACGAGAGCCUCAGACGCCCUCCAUUAUCACGAUGGCAUUGACAUUUUCAAGUCGAUCAGAUGAGCCAAUAUCCGAGCUGACGUUUAUGGCAGCAGUAACAAAGGGAUACUCCCUCAAACUCCAACCACAAAGCGGGCGGAGGCUACAACCGCAUGAGACAGCGGGGGUCAAGCAGAUCAUCUAUCUAAAUGGGGCGGAACAGGGGCAAGGGGAGUCGGUAAAAGUAAGGUGGAAGGCGUCGUAUAGGAUUGGGGCGAGGCAGGUCAAUGAACAGGGAGAGGUAUCCUCGCUUGGGAUUGCUUGA